AGUUUGCUUUACGGCUACACUGUGUCUCGAUAUCUCACACACACUACUGCUUUUAAUUUUGGAGGAGUUGUGUCUCGUGAUCAACAAGAGAGAGGUUCAUAUCUGUGUGUCCAGGCGCUGUUUAAGAUAAUCCAUGGCUAACCUUGACGAUAUUCUAAAGAAGAUUGGGGAGUUCGGCCGAUACCAAGUAUGGCUGUUCGUCCUGCUGUGUUUGCCAUCUACCAGCAAUGGUUGUUAUAUGAUGAUGAUGAUUUUGCUGGCAUACACACCAAAGCACAGGUGUAAAAUCCCAGGAUACGAUAACGACACGUGGACUGUCCAGGGUGACUACCAUUCCAGCCUCAUCAACAAAACCAUUCCCGACUCGGAGGAUUCGUUUUACGAUUACGACAGAUGUCAUGUGUACCGGUACUCAGGGAAUGCCACGGAUGCAAUCAAGUCUAGGUGUUCCGCUUAUGUGUAUGACAAAGAAAUAUUUGACGAAACCAUCGUCACUAGAGGAGAUCUUGUAUGCGAUCAAGGUAUGAAACCUGCCCACGCGCAAGUCGUCUACUAUAUAGGUGUCAUGGUCGGCGAUCUCUUCUUCGGACAGUUGUCCGACAGUAUCGGCCGGAGUAAGACGUUGUUAAUUACUUCCGUUGCCCUCCUUGUGUCGUCCGUCGGAACAGCCUUCGCCCCGGAGUUUUACAGCUUCACAGUCCUCCAGUUUAUCGUGGGCGCCUCCAAUCACGGAAUGUUUGUCCUUGUCUGUGUCCUCUGUAUCGAACUUAUUGGACCCUCCCGGAGAAUGGUUGCUGGUGUAUCUAUCCAUGUCCUGUUUCCUUUCGGACUUUUCUGGUUGGCUGGAGCAGGUUACCUCUUCAGGACCUGGUGGGCCAUACAACUGGCCGUCGGCGUACCUUGUGCCAUCUACAUAGCAUAUUGGUGGCUGAUGCCGGAGUCCCCAAGAUGGCUCAUUAGCCAGGGAAAGUAUGGUGAAGCAGAACAGGUCCUGAGGAAAGUUGCCGAAAAGAACGGGACACAGUACCCCGAGAAAUAUGAUUUGAGUCAGUUGGAACAGCACACUCCUGGACGGAUGUGGCAAUUAUUUACCAAUAAGACUCUUGCAUGGAGAACGAUGAUCAUCUUCUUGAACUGGUUUUCUGUAGCACAGAUCUACUUUGGUGUCACCAUUCAUAUGAAGAAUCUUGGAGGAAACUUUUACUUCAAAUUUAUCAUACUGGCGCUGGUCGAGAUUCCCGCUGUGGCUCUUACCGUUUUUAUGUUAACUAAACUCGGCCGCAAGAAGGUACACGCCUUUUUUAUGAUCCUUGCUGGAGUGGCAUGUCUUCUGACGAUCUUCACAGUUCUUCUAGGUGGCACAUCAUUUGAACCAGUGACUUUGGCUCUUUGUUGUCUGGGUAAACUGGGAGCUGCAGCUGGAUUUUCCAUCAUCUACGUGUACUCAAGCGAACUUUUCCCGACUGUAGUACGAAAUGGCGGUAUGGGAGCUAGCUCCUGUGUCGCACGGUUUGGCAGUAUGUCUGCCCCUUACAUCGCUAAAAUUGGUGACUCUGUUGGUAGUAUGUACGGACAAGCUAUCCCUCUUAUCGUGUUUGGUCUUAUCGCCCUGGCUGCAGGCAGCCUCACUUUGUUACUUCCGGAAACGUGGAACAGGCGACUUCCGGAUACCAUUCAGGACGGAAUCCACUUUGGGAAGGCUUUCGACCAAAACGGGACGGUCUAUAUGGGAGCGGACGACGAGGAAUACAUUCCUGCUAAGGAACUAUCUUCUGAUUCAAAUGGUACUGAAUCUCCUGAACCGGAACUACCUACAGAAAAUAAAUCACUCAUCGAAAAAUAAUCAGUCAGCACUUUCAAAUAUCAGACAAUUCAUAAGUUGUUUUUUUCCUCAAGUCAAACUAAAGCUUAACAUUCGGAACGACUUUGGCUAAAAUAUUUGUUAAUCUUGCUAGUGUCUGAUUGGACGGCGCUGAAAGUGCUACCAAUAUUGUAUAAUUGUUUACUUGUCCUUUCAAAGAUUUUUUUUAUUCACAUAUUAUGUAAACUCAUUUAUAUCUAUGAACAUGCAUGCCAGUCAGUUAAUUUCUUUGGAUUGCAUGAAGGGCAGUAAUUAAAAACGGCUUUAAGUAAUCAUACGUAAUAUUGAUUGACGUAUCACAAUUGCAUAUGAUAAUACACGGUACGGUCACAGUGACAUAAACAAGUUUCGAUUUCAUUCCAAUUUCCUGAAACUUGUCGCAUAUGAAUUUAGAUCGCUAAGAUCUUUAUAAUGAAAAUAUCUUAAAGACACAUCUGGCAAAAUCCUAUUGGCAAGCUUUUUGUAUCUACACUGAUUUGAAGGGCGAAUGGUGAAAUUUGCAAUAGCAUAGGAGACCAGUGAUCACUGCAAGAUCUUUAACAUAUACAAUACUUGUGACUGUUGUCUUUAUGCAUGUAAUUUGAUAAUUUUGAUUUUCUGUUAUGAAACUCUGAUGCUAUAGUCAUGUUAGCUUUGUGCGUUACUGUUUUUGAAUAAGUAUAUUUCGAUAUGAUAUACACUUCAGAUUUUGUUUUUCAAACUUUUCUCUUCUGUUGUAUCUUUCAUGUCGGUUGUGCUUCUCUAGGCACUCGACUUCUUAUUACCUUCACAUGGCAUACAUUGCUACAAUGAAGUAACAUGACAUCACCAUGGUUACCAUGUGUAACAAGUUAUAAAUACAGAAAGAGUGCAUUAUGGGUAUUUUUUGUAACAUCUUCAUCGUUUCUUUCACAAAUUUGUGAAAAUUUUCACAAGUCCUGCUCAUGUGAGAGAGUUUGUACUGGGAGAAUUGAUGGAUCACGAGAAACUACAAAAGCUUUGUCUUGUUUUUAUACGCUAUAUAUCUUAUAUACAUGAUAAUCAAUUUAAAAUCAAUUACCUUUUAUUUACUUUCAUUUCCUGAUCAAAAAUACCACUUGAGAUUAGUCUUAAUUUCGGUAUUACAUUGGACUAUUUGUAUUUAAGUAUUUGCUACAUAUUAUUUUAUACAUUUUUUUAUACAUAUGCGGAAAGGGGGAGCCAAAACUUUCUGAUGUAUUUCUCGUAAUAACAUGUAUAUUUUUGUACUCAUCAAAAUACAAGAUUAUUGGUGACUGUGUAGCAUAGUUUUGGGGGAAGAUACUAAAUCCGGUGAAUGUGUUAUGAUGGUUUGUAAAAUCUAUACAUAUAUUGUACAUACCUCAUUGUAGCAUGUUUUUGUGUAAAUCCUUAAUAAGGUAUUGUUUGUCUACGGUUUAUUGGGAUUGAUUUUCACAAUAUCCUCUGAUAAUCACUGUUUUUAUUUCAUAUUGAUAUUUUAAUAGAAUUUUUUUUUUUUUUUUUUUUUUAAACCAAGUCCAACAAAAAAUCCUUUUAGUUUAGCUGUCCACUCAAUCAUCGACGCCAUACUUACGCUAUAAUUUUCUGUUAAGAAAAAUAUCUGCAUCACUUUUCUUUGUAAAGCCAAACCAAAUCAAACUGUACUGGUUCUCGCCAAAAGUUAGAGUAUUUGAUAAUUCACUGUUUAAUUAUAUCUGAUAUUUGCAGUAUUGUAAAAUAUACAUUGUAGUUUUACGUCCAGUAUUAUACAUGUCAAUGUGACUUUAAAUAUAUGUGGUAUAGACGCAUCCGGCAUUUGUAAAAUAUUCAUAAGUACUCAGAUUUGUGUAUAAUAUUGAUACUACAAUAGAAAUAUACAAAAUCUUAUUUUUGAAACAGAUUUCUCUAAUAAUGAAGCUGUAUCCCAAACGAAAGUUUCAUAUAAUACAAUAAUCGAUUUUAAAUCAAAUGUUUAGAUCGUUAUCAGGCUCUCCGGUUUCGCUGUUAGAUAUUGUUUCUCUGUUGUCGUCUUUGUCAGAUGGAAAAAAAAGUAGUCAAUAAUGGAGAGUUCGAAUAAUUUUCAAUAUUUUUAUUUUGAUGUCAAGUUUUCAAAUAAAUAUCCUUUUCUCUUGUCAUUUCUAGACCUGAAUUCAAAUUCCGUGAUGAUACAAUAUCUUAUUUCAAAGUUAACAAAAAAUGAUAUCCUUUGAUUUGUACUGUGUGGAAGAAAGCUAGAGAAGUUUAUUCUUUAUUGACGAUGUAAUAUGUAACGAACUGGGAAGGUGUUUACCAUAAUAUCAAAAAAAAGGGUUUUAUAUAGCAAAUAUAUCAUUCUUCUAAGGUACUAGUAAACACAUUAUCUUGGACAACACAUUUGAGCUUGUGGAAUGGUUAACGCAAGUUGCUAUACCCAAUAGUUGAUUAUUAGAAAAACUAUAUACAGUCUUGAACUUCGAUGAUCAUUGAAUUCCCAGUUGUUAAUGAUGUAUAAGUGCUAUAGAAUUGCUAUACUUAACAUUGUAUGAUUUUAUACUCGUAUGUGAAAUACGUAUACUUACUAUACCCAAAAACUCUGUAUCAUUGCUAUAUACCCUAUCAAUUAUUUUCCCUAAUUACUUAUUCCAAGUCUUAAACUAUAAUUACUUUGCUCAAUUAUUAUACAAAUUCUUAUUUUUUUUUUUAUAAUUAAUUUGCCUACAUAUUAUGUUAUUAAAAUACCAAUUUUGUAUAAGAACUUAACCAAACUAAUGUCAAUUUUUUUAAAGACUUAAACCAUUUUUCGUAAUAUGGUCCUUUUAUUUUUUGAUAGUUUUAAAUUAUUUAAACAUAUUAGCCACAAGCUUUUACAACUUACUAGCUCUUCUCCAUAGAAUUAAAAAAUUAGGUACUGAAGUUAAAUUGAUUGAUAUAACUAGCCAUAUACAUUGUACAGGUUGAGUGGUCGCUUCAUGUCUAUAUUAUAAACGUAUAUCGGUUUUCUUUCAGGGCUUUUAUACAUUAACGAUAUACAAUAUGUUUAUUAGUCAAAGGUAUUCAUCUCGCAAUCAAGAGCGGUUAUACAAUUUCCUAUCGGUUAAUUGAGAUCGUGUCCUCAAUCAUUGCGCGUGUGUAUGUUAAGUGGGACAUAUAGUGUUGUGUGGUAAGAACAUUUGCAUUUCAGGACAAUCUUGCUUAUUUCUGUACAAAUAUACAUUGAUAUUGUUUCAGUCUUUGCAAUUUACACUGCAAUAAAAAUGGAAAUAAAUUUGUCAUCAAAUU